AUGGCUUCUGCAACAACAGAGGCAGAGAAGGGAUCUCCAGUUGUGGUGGGGCUGCUGGUCGUGGGCAACAUCAUCAUUCUGCUGUCAGGCCUGGCCCUGUUUGCCGAGACGGUAUGGGUGACUGCCGACCAGUAUCGUGUGUACCCGCUGAUGGGCGUCUCAGGCAAGGAUGACGUUUUCGCUGGCGCCUGGAUCGCCAUCUUCUGUGGCUUUUCCUUCUUCGUGGUGGCCAGCUUUGGUGUGGGUGCAGCACUCUGUCACCGCCGGUCCAUGAUCCUUACGUACCUGCUGCUGAUGCUGAUCGUCUACAUCUUUGAAUGCGCCUCCUGCAUCACGUCCUACACCCACCGAGACUACAUGGUGUCCAACCCAUCCCUGAUCACCAAGCAGAUGCUGACUUUCUACAGUGCAGACACCGACCAGGGCCAGGAACUGACCCGCCUCUGGGACCGCAUCAUGAUCGAGCAAGAGUGCUGUGGCACGUCUGGCCCCAUGGACUGGGUGAACUUCACAUCAACCUUCCGAGCAGCCACUCCUGAGGUGGUAUUCCCCUGGCCCCCCCUGUGCUGUCGCCGGACAGGAAACUUCAUUUCCGUCAAUGAAGAGGGCUGCCGCCUGGGCCACGUAGACUACCUGUUCACCAAGGGCUGCUUCGAGCACAUUGGCCAUGCCAUCGACAGCUACACGUGGGGCAUCUCGUGGUUUGGGUUUGCCAUCCUGAUGUGGACGCUCCCCGUGAUGCUGAUAGCCAUGUAUUUCUAUACCACGCUUUGAGGAGCAAGAACGGAAGACCAUGACGUUCACAGCUCAGCCUCUUCCACUUCCUGAUCCUGCUUUCUCCAGCUGGGGCCUGGAUGCCCACCUCGCCUCUCCGCUGCCUUCCUUUCACCUCCAAGAUCUUUUCCCAGGUUUCUGGGCUCUACUGGGCCUUGGGUGUGUCGUGAAAGCCCAGUAUUUGUGUGCACAAACCCUUAGCCCUCACUUUUGGCUGGUGCCUGACCUAUCUUUCAGGUGUCUUUGGGAGCCUCUUCCUUGAUCUCACCAACCGGUUCACAGAUGUCCCCCUGAGUUCCUUCUUCAUGGCAGGUUUGCCGUUAUUGCUGAAUACUUGUGAUUGGCUGUUUAAGCUCUGGUGGACUGGGAUUGCCAUGAGAGGAGGGACAGGUUCUGUCACGGUCACUUACUGUCCCCAUCAUUGCCCACCACAGA